AUGAUUCUGAGGCUACCUCUACUGUUAACCGCUAUCACCAGUGCGCUGGCCCUCCCCGAAAGCGCCCCUUUCGCUUUCACCGGCUACAGUAAUGUCUUUGGAGGUGGACUUUCUGCCCCCGGAUCAUCCAGAUAUGAGCCACUGCAGACAGCAGCUGCGGAGCCAGUGCCCCAAAAGGUCACUGUGGAGAGACCCGCAUCGUCAGUCACUGGCCUCGACAAGCCAUCUAAGCUCCGACUAGCCCGCCCGCCAGCGGUCACCGUCCUGCCAACCGCGGCGGCACCGGCUGGUCACGUAUCGUUGCAGGCACCCGGCACCUCGACAGUCACAAGCUACCCAGCCGGCGCACAUGCCGUCACCUUCCAGCGGCCGCUGAUCUACGCGGCCGCUCCACCACUGCAGUACGUCGCCGCCGCUCCGCAACAGGUCUUUUUCGCUCAACACACCAGCGCAGGCGUGGCCGCGCCUCCAUCAACACCUACGAAGACCGUGGUAGCCACUCUGGCAGCGCCGGCAGGCCCAGCGACCGCUACGGCCAAAACCGCGACUGCAACCGGUGCCGCCGCUGGCGCUACAGUGACAUCGGCCGGCGCCGCUGUCGUCACCUCCACUAAGCCUACGGCCGUGACCGUCUCCCGGCCGGUGGCCGUCACCUACCCUCCAGCGCAGAUGUACCUCUUCCAGAGGCCCGCAUACGCCUAUCCAGGAGCUGCAGCAGGAGUUCAGGCUCCAGUCCAGGUGACCUACAUGAGGCCCCUGUACCACCAGACACCGUACGGUUUCCAGCCGGCGGGCUUUGCUCCCGCCGCAAGCCCCGUCUACCAGAGGCCGGUGGUCGCCUACCAACAUGGCGCGGCGGCUGCUCCUCUGACGGUCGCCUAUCCUGGAGCGCUCAGGCCUCUGGCGGGAGCGCCUGCAGGUGUUUUCGCUGCUCCUCACGUAGCGAUGCCUCUGGCUGCUGCCGCUCCUUUGGUGUCGACCGUUCAAGGAACCACCGCUGCCGCCCCUGUCGCUGCCAUGCCGCCUUACGCUCUUGCCAGGCAGGUGAUCGCCCCGUUCCCGGGUAGCGUGGCCGUGGCCAGGCCUCAGCUUACAUAUGCGCAGCCGGCUUACGGAGCGCCCUUGAACUAUGGGCACGGGGCGGCCUUGACCUAUGCACCGGCUGCCGUUCAGCCGGUGCAAGUGCUUAGGCCCGCGAAGUCCAAGAAGUAA